AUCUUCUUAGAUGACGAGGGAAACUGUCACUGCUUUCAGACUUUCAGUGCCGUAGCAAAGAGUCUGCUUGAGAGCAUCACUCGGCAGAGCUGUCACUAGCUUUCAAACGGAUCACCAAAACACAAGAUAAUGCAACAAACGCACACACCAAAACAGCAUUCCUCAGUGCCCGCCUGUCCAUGGUACGUGGUGGUGCAUCACCUUCCACCAAUGACACAGCAAGUACCUGACCUAUUUGCAUUAAGAUUGGAAGUGAUGGCAAUGCCUGUGAAUGUUCCACAUGUUGGGGAAAAUUUAGAAGCUGCCCUCAAAAGUCAAAUUGUUCCUGACCAGGAGUUUUUGCUUCAAGGUUCAGUGCUUGACACAUCCCUUGUGGUAGUAAUUGAUCGCCUCCGAGGACUGUGUGACAAUGCCGAUAUUCCUCCAGAAACUUUUCAUGAUCAUGAAGUGGUUUUUGUCCUUAAGGAUUUCAGUGCCAUGUCAACUCCUGGUCCAGCAUCACAAGGAGUGAUGCUGAGGGUUCGUCGUGCCAUGGACUAUCCUGAUCUUCCUUAUCAGCUCCGAUAUGUGGGCUUCCCUGAACUAGGAAAUUAUCCAGCACUGUUACGAAAUUGCUUGGACAUUCCUGUCAGCAAUAAUGUGUGUGAAUUCUUGACAGAAUUAGGAGCAAAGCUUGAUCAUGAGUUUAUUGCAAAAGGAUUCAUAAUGAAAAAGGGCAGAAUAAAAGUGACUGUCUUUAAAAUGUAUAAGAUGGGCACUGGUAUGGCUAAAGACAACCUUGAGCAGAUGACUAUGUCUCAUAUGGUGGAAUUGAGUGUUUUGACGACAAAGACAGACAUGUCUGUCGCUGAAGAUCUCCGUACAUUGGCUGACCAACUGAAGCCUCUUGUCCAGCUUGAAAGGAUUGAUUAUCGUCGCCUUGGACCAUGAUUGAAUAUUAGACAGUAUUGAAGCAACACAUUUUUUUAAAUGAAUUUCAUGCUAAGCAGUAUUUUUUUGUUUUAUUGUGCAUUACUUUUUACAACUUCAUGUGCUCCAAUACUGCUGCAGGAGAAUAUUCAAAGAGAGGAAUUCAUGACUUUUCUCAGUCCCAGAAAUACCUUACUGGCAUUCUUAACAUGAUGGGACUUUGGCUGUACGGUCCCUGGUAAAACUAGACUGACAUUUGUGAUGAAGUAUGGUGAUGGUUUGAAUGCAGUGAGAUUCUAUGAACGUGUGGCUUAGUUUAAUUGAUGUUAUCUUUUGUAAGUGAGUGUACCUUGUAUUUUGUAAUAAAUUUUUUUUUUUAAAUUUACAGUAGAUUAAAGCUUGUCAGUACACUGGUUUACAGGCUUAGAUAAUAAGCAAGAGGUUCAAAAUAUGAAUAAUAAGUAAAUUGAAGUUGA